CUGUCCUUGGAGCGUCUACGAUUACGUAUGUCUGUGUGUUGGGCUUCCGUCCUAAAUCGACAAUUUGUAUGUAGAGGGAGUUCUCGUUUUUACGUGUACUAUUCUAUCAAGUAAAGACGUAAGUUUGGACCAACCAUGUCUUCCGACGUUCUUAAGAAGCGGAAAUCGAAGGUUCUCCGCAGUGAAGCAGGAACCCCGGAGGUGAAGCGGGGACGUGGAGAGGCGGACCAGCAGGAUGUUCGUGUCUAUAAUGAGGAGGUGGAAUUGGAUGGCAGGAACCCUGAACAGGACUUUGAUCAAUACAAAGAGUCAUGUGAGGCUUUAUCCAAACUCAUGAGUGAGAUCCAGAGGAUGAAAGCCUCUGGUGCCAAGGAAGGGAGUAUGGAUGUCGAGCAGAAACGUAUGCAAAGCUGCAUCCUCUUCAUGAAUCUUAAGAAGCUCAACCGUCUAGCUCACAUGCGACUGAAAAGAGGCAGAGACCAAACACAUGAGGCUAAACAGAGAGUUGAUGUGCUCCACCUUCAGCUGCAAAAUCUGCUCUAUGAGGUUAUGCAUCUUCAGAAGGAGAUCAGCAAAUGUCUGGAGUUCAAAUCUAAGCAUGAAGAAAUUGACUUGGUGAGUGAAGAAGAGUUUUACCAGGAUGCCCCGCCGGAGAUCUCCAGGCCUUCUCUCACAAAAACCGAUCCCCACCAGCUCACACUAGCACGGCUGGACUGGGAGCUCGAACAGAGAAAGAGGCUAGCUGAGAAAUACAAGGACUCACAGGCCACAAAGGAGAAAAUUCAGAAGAGCAUUGAAGUGAAGAAAGAGCAUCUAAGAAGCUUGCAGCCAGGACUGAAUGCUAUCAUGCAGGCGUCUGUUCCAGUGCAGGAGUACCUGUCCAUGCCAUUUGAACAGACGCAGAAACAGGCUGAGAUUGCCCGCCACCUCCCUCCACCCCUCUACGUCCUGUUUGUUCAGUCAAACGCAUACGGCCAAGCCUGUGACAGAAACCUGAUUGUUUCGAUCAGUGGGGAUGUGGAUGAGGCUAAAGCCCUGUCCAAACCUCCCGAUGAUUCCCAAGAUGAUGAGAGUGAUUCAGAUGCAGAAGAGGAGCAAGAGAAAACGAAGAGAAGGCGACCAACUACAGGCGGCCAGCUGGAUGACAAACGACGAGAGAUGCUGAAAAGACACCCUCUGUCUCUCUGCUUGGACCUUAAGUGUAAAGACGGCAGCGUUCUUCAUCUCUACUUCUUCUACCUCAUGAAUCUGAACAUCAUGACAGUCAAGACUAAAGUCUCCACCACCACAGAUCUCAGCUCAGCCAUCAGUGCAGGGGAGCUUCUGAAGUCAGACACCCUCCUCAGCUGCUUGUACACUAAUGACCAGGGAAGAGAAACUCCCAAUCCAGCCAAUCGCUACCAGUUUGAUAAAGUUGGGAUCGUUUCAUUUGCUGAUUAUGUGGAGGACCUGGGAUAUCCCUACAUGUGGGUCCAGAAUCUCGGAGGAUUGCAUUUUCCUAGUGAAUCUUCAGAGGGUGUGCUUGUGGGCAGUUCCCUGAGCGCCAGCCACAUGGAGAGCACCAUGAAGCUGCUGAGGGGGCGAGUCCAGUCCCGCUUGGCUCUGCAAAAACAGUUUGCCUCGUUAGAACACAACAUUAUCCCAGUCUCCAGUGAGUGUCAGCAUCUGUUUCCAGCCAAGAUCAUCUCUCGUUUAGCACGUUGGACCACCAUCAGUCACCAGGAGUACAUGGAUCUGCCGUAUACCCGUCAUGUAACUGAGGCUGGACUAGCCAAGGAGACAGACCUGUUCUUUAUGGGAGUCCUAGAAAGAGGCACGGCUCGUCUCCAUGCUGCAGUGGUUCUGAGUCCUCGUUACCCAGCGAUAGCUCCUCUCUUCUCCCUGAGUCUAAACUGGAAAGGAGAGUGCAGCGGACGCACUGAUGACAACCUCAGAGCCAUGGAGAGUGAAGUCAACAUUUUCAAACACGAGCUGCAGGGACCACGGCCGGGACAUCAGCUGCUGACCAAUCAGAUCGCACGGAUGUGCGUCUGCCUGGAUGUGUAUUUGGAGACUGAAGGACAAGAUGACAGCGUAGAGGGACCUCGUGAGUUCCCCCGAGAAAAAAUGUGCCUGCGCACUGUCAGGGGGCCAAGUCGUCUGAAGCCAUUCAAGUACAACCAUCCUCAGGGUUUCUUCAGCCACCGUUAAUCGUCUCUACACUCGUCAUCACGUUGUCUUUGUGACGUUUUCAUACACAAAGUCCUCUUUUUAAACAUUUUGAAAAUAAAAGAACAUCUUAGUGUUUUCUGGAACAAA